CAGCCGCUCAAAUACUCAUUUCCUGCGUGAGACGGCACAGCUCUUCGGUCCGCUGUAAAGUGUAGAAUGUUAAAGUUAGAUCUAUCCGGAAAAAUCGAAAAGGUAUCGUCGGGAUUAUUGUCGUAGAGAUUGAAAUUUCCAACAUAUCUCUGUCAGAAUAAUGGAUAGCGGCGGCGACGGUAGCAAUAAACUCACGCUCGAUGAUGUGCGCGAAUUAAUUAUCAAAAAUAUCGAUCCCGACGUGGAGAUUUAUGGUUUAAACGAAGAACCAGGAUCGGGAAGAGGAGACAAUUAUACUUCGAUAUUAUAUCGGAUUCGGGCGAAGGGGCGUAAGCUGUUGAAAAAGGAAGAAUGGAUUAAUUACGAGUGCGCUAUCAUUUACAAGAUUCUGCCGGAAUCCAAGAAACAUCGCGAAGCGUUCAAGAGCGAAUUAUUAUUCAGAAACGAGGUCGUUUUCUACAAGCAUGUGUGGCCUGCGUUGAACAAGCUCCAAUCAAACGAUAGACGGGUGUUCAGCGGGGUACCCAAAAUAUACGCCGCUAGAGCCGAUCUUAUUGCUAUGGAGGAUUUGAGGGAGAGAGGCUUCAAUAUGGUAGAUAGACGAAAGGGGUUGGAGAUGGAAAAUUUGAAAUACGUAUUAAAGGCUCUAGCGGGAUUUCACGCGCUCAGCUUAACGCUAAAGGAAUCCAAGCCAGAGGAAUUCGCGAAAUUAACAAAUCCGGAACAUGAUGAAGGUAUACGUGAAACAUUAUUUCGACAAGACAAUGAAGAUUGGUAUCGACAGUAUUACCGCGUGGCCGUGAAUAACGCUAUUAAAAUGGUGUCCGAAGCACUACCUUUGCACAUGGAUCACAGAAGAGAGGAGAUAAUGACCAAGCUGCAUGCUUUCCUAAACGAAGACGUAUUUUUUCGCACUAUGAGCGAACUCGUUUCCACGCAAGGAUCUCUCUCCGUGUUUUGUCACGGCGAUUGUUGGACCAAUAAUAUCCUCUUUCAGGAUGAACCAAGCUCAGAUACAGAGGCCGUUUAUCUUGUCGACUUUCAACUGACGCGGGUUGGCUCCCUCGCUCUUGAUCUUGCGAACUUGCUAUACUGCUGCACAAGUGGUGUUGUUAGGCGGGCUUACAUGACACAGCUUCUCCAGCAUUAUCAUUCCCAUCUGAUGUCUUCCUUGUGUGUCCUCAAUCCGGAACAGCCACCAAAAGAUCCAUCUGUCAUAUGGAAAUUAUUGAACGAAGAGAUGCGAAGAUGCGGACGAUUCGGAUUGGGAUUAGCAUUGGACAUUUUGCCAAUUAGUACGUGCGCCAGUCACGAAGCGCCAAAUUUGUACGAGACGAGUAGUAGUGUGGAAACUAGUAGCGAGGAGAAACAUAUCACGAUAGAAGCACCACCACCCGGAGGCGCCGACUGUGCUCAACUCAUGACUGACUUAGUAUUGGAAUUAAUAGACAAUGAGGCUUUGUAGAUCAGAACAUCGUAUUAUCCUCGGUAACAAUAUAUAUGGAAUAAUAUGUAUUACUGUAUAUUAUACAUGUAUUACUGUAUAUUAUACAUGUGUAUGUCUAACAUUAUUUUUAUAAAAUGCAUCACUCUUAUGAUGCAUAAUCUCAGAAGAGUAGUACAAAGUGGUAUAUAAGAUUCAAAGUAUAUGUAUACGUGCAUGUACACAAUGAAGAAAGAAUGAAGAGAAAUAAUUUCUCAUCAUGUGAUCUAAUAUAUGUAUAUGUGUCUAUAUAAUAGAAAUCCUAAAAUAUGGAAAAUAUAUUUUUGUGAAUUAUAUAUCUAUUUCUAUCU